AUGGCUUCGAUCCUUCGGUUUCGAAAGCUAUGCUAUGUAGAGCCAGUGAAGUGUUCUUCAUUGGGUUUUGAAUCAUUUGAUAACCCCAAAAUUGACAAGAAAGAAUCAUUGGAGACACCAAAAGUUGAGAAGAAAAAAGAUGAAGCUCUUGUUUCCACUGCUGAGAAUGUGCAGAAGAAGAAGAAGCCCAAGAGGCAACACAAGGAUUGGAGGUGUGUUGAUUACUGUUGUUGGGCAAUUGGAUACAUGUGCAUUACUUGGUGGCUUCUCUUGUUUCUCUGCCACUGUUUGCCUGGUCUCAGAGUCCCUGAACUGCCCGGGGCACGGCUAAAGCGCGAAGGCGUAGUUAUAGAUAGAAUGGUUGUUCUCGUGCCUGGCAUUGUCACGGGUGGCCUAGAGCUCUGGGAAGGCAAGCCUUGCUCUGAAGGCCUGUUCCGAAAACGGCUUUGGGCCGGUAGCUUUAGUGAAAUCUUCAAGAGGCCUUUGUGUUGGUUGGAGCACCUUUCAUUGGACAAUGUGACCGGACUCGAUCCCCCGGGCAUUCGUGUCCGGCCAGUGCCGGGACUAGUUGCUGCUGACUAUUUCGCUCCUGGAUAUUUUGUUUGGGCUGUUCUGAUCGAGAACUUGGCGAAAAUUGGCUAUGAGGGGAAGAAUAUGCACAUGGCUGCUUAUGAUUGGAGACUUUCUUUUCAGAAUACAGAGAUCAGGGACCAAGCUCUUAGUAGAUUGAAGAGCAAAAUUGAGGUUAUGUAUGUAACCAACGGCCAUAAGAAAGUGGUGGUGGUGCCUCAUUCCAUGGGGGUUAUUUAUUUCCUCCAUUUCCUUAAAUGGGUUGAAUCACCUCCUCCUAUGGGUGGCGGCGGGGGUCCUGGUUGGUGCAACAAGCAUAUCAAAGCAAUCAUGAAUAUAGGUCCCGCAUUUCUUGGUGUUCCGAAGACCGUAGGUAAUAUAUUGUCUGCCGAGGGUAAAGAAAUUGCUUUUAUCAGGGCUAUGGCUCCUGGUCUUUUAGAUUCCGAGCUUCUUGGGUUUCAAACUCUAGAACAUGUCAUGCGGGUAUCUCGAACAUGGGACUCCAUCAUUUCCUUGAUGCCAAAAGGAGGAGAGACAAUUUGGGGUAACUUCGAUUGGUCUCCAGAGGAGGGGUUUGAUUGUGAUUUGGCAAAGAAAAGAUAUAUGCAACCCUAUAGAGAAAUUAAUAACAACAAUACUGAUGGAAAGAGAGGACUCAAAGUUAAAGAGUCCGUGAAGUAUGGAAGGAUGGUCUCUUUUGGCAAGGAAGAAUCACAGUUACCUUCUUCACAGCUCCCCAAUCUUGGUUCAAAGGAAUUUCUGCGCAUGAGUACCUCUACUAUUUCCGACACAUCAUGUAAAGAGGUGAUGACAGAAUAUGAUGAGAUGAGCCGUGAAAGCAUUCGUAAAGUCGCCGAAAAAAAAGUUUACACUGCAAAUAGUCUCAUUGAUCUUUUUCGCUUUGUAGCUCCCAAAAUGAUGGAACGGGCUGAGGCUCACUUCUCUCAUGGGAUAGCUGAGAAUCUAGAUGAUCCCAAAUACUCCCAUUACAAGUAUUGGUCAAAUCCACUUGAGACCAAGUUACCAGAUGCUCCGGAUAUGGAAAUUUACUGUUUAUAUGGUGUUGGAAUUCCCACUGAAAGAUCAUAUGUAUACAAGCUGUCACUGUCUAAUAGGUGCAAGAGUAUUCCUUUCCAAAUCGACAGCUUGGCAGAUGAAAGCGGUGAUAGCUGCUUGAAACGAGGGGUGUACUUUGUCGAUGGUGACGAAAGUGUUCCUGUUUUGAGUGCUGGAUUCAUGUGCGCAAAAGGGUGGAGAGGAAGAACACUGUUCAACCCAUCUGGGAUCGCUACAUACAUAAGAGAGUAUAGGCACAAGCCACCGGCAAGUUUUCUUGAGGGGAGGGGUCUAGAGAGCGGUGCACAUGUCGACAUUAUGGGAAAUGUUGCUUUGAUUGAGGAUGUUUUGCGAGUUGCUGCGGGGGCCACUGGUGCUGAGCUGGGAGGUGAUAAGAUUUAUUCAGAUAUUGUAAGAAUGUCGGAGAGAAUAAAUAUUCGGCUGUGAUUGCCAUGUUCAGUGGUUAUCAAAAUGAGCGGUGCACAACUCAGAGAGAGAGAGGACUAACAACAGUGAAAUUGCAGUGUCGAGAUGCUGCAAAUGAUUACAACAACAGUCAUAGCAUCCUUCAAAGAGAAGGAUCGGCUUCAAGGAUGAGCAGAUGGGGGGAGUGUUGAGCUGUACUAACCGCCCUAAGUUUCUUGUUGACAAAAUCGAUUUCUCACUUUCUGUAAUCAAAUGAAUAGAGCUUUUCCUUGCAAAGUUAUUAUAUGCUAAUUUAGCUGUCAA